AUGAGUCGCAAACUCAAGCUGUUGAGCCUGCUGGCCGCUGGCCUGACCUCCGCGAUCCAUCUGACCGGGUAUGAAUACAUCGUCGUGGGAUCCGGCGCUGGAGGCGGUCCAUUGGCCGCUCGUCUCGCUCUCGCCGGACACAAGACGCUGUUGAUCGAAGCAGGAGAUGACCAAGGGCUCAAUGUCAACUACACCGUGCCGGCAUACUCGGCCCUAGCGUCCGAGGACGAGAAGAUGGCCUGGAACUUCUUCGUGCGCCACUAUGCCGAUGAGGAGCGCCAGGCACGCGACUUCAAGACCAGCUACGAGACUCCCGACGGGGAGAUCUACACCGGUCUCGACCCGCCGGCCAAUUCCACCAUGAUGGGGACCUUGUAUCCCCGUACAGGCACGCUGGGGGGCUGCACUGCACACAACGCCAUGAUCGCCGUCUAUCCAGACCGCUCCGACUUUGAGUACAUCGCCACGCUGACGGGCGACAGCUCUUGGUCCCCGGAGAACAUGCGGAAGUACUUUGUUCGCAUGGAGCAUAACGAGUACCUUCUCCCGGGCCAAAAGGGCCACGGCUACGACGGUUGGCUGCACACCGACACAGCACCCUUGGACAUUGUCCUCAAGGACCCGCAACUGCUCAGCCUGCUAACGGGCGGCGCCUUUGCCCUGGGGAACAUUACCCACACGCUCAUGAACUUCGGGACACUGCUCCUAGGCGACGCCAACGCCGACUCGCUCGCCCGCGACACUCAACCAGGAUACUACCAGAUUCCUCUGUCUAGCACCGACGGCCGCCGCAACGGGCCCCGCGAGUUCAUCACCGCUGUACGCGACGCCACCAACCCAGACGGCAGCAAGAAAUACCCGCUGGACGUCCGGAUGAACUGCCACGUCACCCGCGUCGUCUUCGACACCAGUGUCUCCCCGCCCCGCGCCACAGGCGUCGAGUUCCUCGACGGCCAGCACCUCUACCGCGCCAGCCCGCUCGCGCACCUCUCCCAACCCGGCACCCCGGGCUCCGCCGCCGCCUCCCGCGAAGUCAUCAUCGCCGGCGGCACCUACAACUCCCCGCAGAUCCUCAAACUCAGCGGCGUCGGCCCCGCCGACGAACUCGCCCGCUUCAACAUCCCCCUCGUCGCCGACCUCCCCGGCGUCGGCACAAACCUCCAAGACCAUUACGAGGUCGGCGUCCAGGCCCACGUCCCCGCCAACUGGACCAGCCUGCACGGCUGCACCUUCGCCCAGUCAGACCCCUGCCUGGACCGAUGGGAAUCCAAGCCCCUACUGGGGAACCGAGGAAUCUACUCCUCCGCCGGAUUCGCCGCUGCAAUGUAUUACAAGUCGACCGUGUCGGCAGACAACGCCUACGACGCCUUCGUCUUCGGCGGGCCAGUCAACUUCCGAGGGUAUUUUCCGGGCUACAGCGUGAACAUCACCGCGCGUCACGACUGGUUCACCUGGGCGGUUCUCAAGGCGCACCCGCGCAACACGGCGGGGACGGUCAGCCUGCGCUCUGCGGAUCCGCUGGAUACGCCGGCCAUCGUGUACAAUUACUUUGAUAUGGGGGCCGACGAAGACCUGCAGGCGAUCUAUGAGGGGAUUGAGCUUGCGCGUGAUGCGCUCCGUCGCCAGCUGGUUCCCACCACGGAAGUCCUGCCUGGUAAGGAGGUUGUCAGCCAGGAGGAUAUCGAGACGUAUGUGAGGGACACGGCGUGGGGGCAUCAUGCGUCUUCGACGUGUCCGAUUGGUGCAGAUGGUGACCCCAUGGCGGUGCUGGAUAACAAGUUCCGGGUGCGCAAGGUGCAGGGGCUAAGGGUUGUGGAUGCGAGUGUGUAUCCGCGCAUUCCGGGGACGUUUACGGCUGUUUCGACGUAUUUGGUUGCAGAGAAGGCGGCGGAUGAUAUCUUGAGCGAGCUGGCGGGUUGA